UCGGCACUUUUCGACCUACCCAAACAGUCAUAUCAUAGAGUAAGGUCAUAAUUAUGUCGACCGUGUGAUGUGACGGGUGUGGCCGGCUGUGAAUUACACUAUACACGACGUUCAAGUUCACGAAUGAAGUUAAAUUUGUUUGCAUGAUUUGUAUAUCAACAACCAAGAAAGGUGAAAUUUCAGCCAUAAAACUAUGACAGCAGUCAAUGUUGAAGCUCCUGCUCCGAUGUAUGUACAUGUAGCAGCACAACCCCAACAGCAAAUGGUUACUGUACAGCUCCCCAGAGCUUCUUAUGGUGGCACUGGGUGUUGUGAUGUUGGACACUACAAGACCAUUAGAGCCAUGGGUAUUGUACAAGUUGUUUGUGGAGUCUGCUGUGCUGUCCUGGGGAUUCUCCUCUUAACGUUUACCGUUUCUCUUGGAUCACUGUCCGGCUUCCCAAUCUGGGCUGGAAUUGGGUUGUAUUUGGUUGCAGGAAUUCUUGGCAUUGUAGCUGCAUCAAAGAAAUCAAAGAGAUUAGUGGUGGCUUUCAUGGUAAUGAGUAUUAUAUCUGCUACUGCUGCAGGGGCUGCAGUCAUUCUACACUCAAUCUCUGCAGCUAUUGGACCUCUGUUUAAUCGUGGAGGAUACUAUAUGUCCAGCGUUGCAUGUAACUCAAUAAUAGCCCUGGUUUCAAUGGUGGAGCUUAUUAUUGCUAUCAUAGGUGCAAGUAUGACAUGUGGAGCACUCAAAAACAAGCAAUGUGUGGUUCAGUACCAAGCUGCUCCAAUGCAAGUUGUUGGGAUGAAUUAUCAACCUCAACCAAUGUACACCCAGCAGGUGGCUCAGCCUCAGUAUACAGGUGGCCCACUUCAAGGUGUCCCAAUUCAAGGUGUCCCAAUUCAAGGUGUCCCAAUUCAAGGUGUCCAAGGAGCUCAACAGGCAGGUGCUUUUGGUGGAAGUCCUCUACCUGCUCAAUACACAGCUGGAGGUGAAGAGAAACUCCCUAUUGAUCCACCACAGUACCAAACUCCCUAUUGAUCCACCACAGUACCAAACUCCCUAUUGAUCCACCACAGUACCAAACUCCCUAUUGAUCCACCUCAGUACCAAACUCCCUAUUGAUCCACCACAGUACCAAACUCCCUAUUGAUCCACCUCAGUACCAAACUCCCUAUUGAUCCACCACAGUACCAAACUCCCUAUUGAUCCACCUCAGUACCAAACUCCCUAUUGAUCCACCACAGUACCAAACUCUCUAUUGAUACACCACAGUACCAAACUCCCUAUUGAUCCACCACAGUACCAAACUCCCUAUUGAUCCACCACAGUACCAAACUCCCAAUUGAUCCACCACAGUACCAAACUCCCUAUUGAUCCACCACAGUACCAAACUCCCUAUUGAUCCACCACAGUACCAAACUCCCUAUUGAUCCACCACAGUACCAAACUCCCUAUUGAUACACCACAGUACCAAACUCCCUAUUGAUCCACCACAGUACCAAACUCUCUAUUGAUCCACUACAGUACCAAACUCCCUAUUGAUCCACCACAGUACCAAACUCCCUAUUGAUCCACCACAGUACCAAACUCCCUAUUGAUCCACCACAGUACCAAACUCCCUAUUGAUCCACCACAGUACCAAACUCCCAACUGAUCCACCACAGUACCAAACUCCCUAUUGAUCCACUACAGUACCAAACUCCCUAUUGAUCCACUACAGUACCAAACUCCCUAUUGAUCCAUCACAGUACCAAACUCCCUAUUGAUCCACCACAGUACCAAACUCCCUAUUGAUCCACCACAGUACCAAACUCUCUAUUGAUCCACCACAGUACCAAACUCCCUAUUGAUCCACCACAGUACCAAACUCCCUAUUGAUCCACCACAGUACCAAACUCCCUAUUGAUCCACCACAGUACCAAACUCUCUAUUGAUCCACCACAGUACCAAACUCCCUAUUGAUCCACCACAGUACCAAACUCCCUAUUGAUCCACCACAGUACCAAACUCCCUAUUGAUCCACCACAGUACCAAACUCACUAUUGAUCCACCACAGUACCAAACUCCCUAUUGAUCCACUACAGUACCAAACUCCCUAUUGAUCCACUACAGUACCAAACUCCCUAUUGAUCCACCACAGUACCAAACUCCCUAUUGAUCCACCACAGUACCAAACUCCCUAUUGAUCCACCACAGUACCAAACUCCCUAUUGAUCCACCACAGUACCAAACUCUCUAUUGAUCCACCACAGUACCAAACUCCCUAUUGAUCCACCACAGUACCAAACUCCCUAUUGAUCCACCACAGUACCAAACUCCCUAUUGAUCCACCACAGUACCAAACUCUCUAUUGAUCCACCUCAGUACCAAACUCCCUAUUGAUCCACCACAGUACCAAACUCCCUAUUGAUCCACCACAGUACCAAACUCCCUAUUGAUCCACCACAGUACCAAACUCCCUAUUGAUCAGCAACAGUACCAAACUCCCUAUUGAUCCACCACAGUACCAAACUCCCUAUUGAUCCACCACAGUACCAAACUCUCUAUUGAUCCACCACAGUACCAAACUCCCUAUUGAUCCACCACAGUACCAAACUCUCUAUUGAUCCACCUCAGUACCAAACUCACUAUUGAUCCACCACAGUACCAAACUCCCUAUUGAUCCACAACAGUACCAAACUCCCAAUUGAUCCACCACAGUACAAACCUCGGUGAUCCCCGUAGCGUUCUAUUUUCCCUCGGCUUCACCUCGGGAAAAUAGAACGCUCCGGGGAUCACCUCGGGAGACAUAGUUUUAACCAUAGCACUUGAAGCAGUCAAUAUUUGUAAACUAUAUUGGAUUGAUCCGAUCCCAAGUUCCGGUAUUUCCCUGAACAGUCCUUAUAAGGACUUGAUCAUCAUCUCUUAUACCCUGUAUGCUGCAUGUUAAACCAUAUAACCUUUCUAUGUUAAACCAUAUAACCUUUCUAGUAACGUCAUUUUUAUCUUAUUCUCAUGUUAUUGCUGUUUAUUUGGCAGGAAUUGUUCUUGUCUUUUUUAAAUACUUAAUAUUGUACAUUGUUAUGAACAGAAAAACUGAAAUACUGUCAAAAAUAAGGAAAUAACAUGUGAAGAAGACCCAUGAAAUCCAUGUUUCUUGUAAGCCAAAUAUGAACAUGCUCAAACAAAACAUAAAAACGUGGAAGUGUCAUGGCCGAGCGGUUAAGAGCACUGAAUUCAAACUGGUGUUUCUG